UCGUCGUUCGAAAUUGACAAAUUUUUCCAUCCCGAUUCUCGUUGUUCAAGUAAAAUAUUAAAAUUUUAAGUGAUUCGCAUAAAUUCGCGAAAAGCAGCAAAAUGUCAGGCAAAAAAGACAAAACCAAGGAAGAAAUCGAGAUGGUGGAAUUGAAGCAAAAAGAAGGGCAAAUGAGCAGUUUGAGUGAUCCGUUGAUUAUAUCAGACUCCGAAGAAAAAAUCGACGAAGAGUUCCGGUCGUCUUUGAAAAAGUAUAACCAAAUAUCGCGCAGGAUUCGUUUGGCGGCCAUCGAGAAAGAGAAACGAGAACUCGAAGGGUUUGAUAAAUCGCCGGUAAAUAAAUACUACCCGGGAACGAAAAUCGACCGAUUAAAAAUACUCGAAGAGGAGAAAGAAUUAUUGCAGAAAAUGGAAAAGUUAGCCCAAUCGAAACAACAAAAAUAAUUCCGCCGAGAUUUCUCGACUUGCUGGUUAACGCGUCGGUGCUUUUUUAAUUGCCACGUUAUAAAUAUCCGUUACUCUAAUAAAUAUUUCUAAUUCGA